AGCCCUAAUUUCUUUCUGUCUUAUCAUCUCUGUUUCGCACACUGAGCUGCCUUUGGUGCUUUUGAGCAGCAGCUAAAGCUGAUAAAAAAAAUGAAGUUUAAUAUCGCGAAUCCUACCACGGGUUGCCAGAAGAAGCUAGAGAUUGAUGACGAUCAGAAGCUUCGGACAUUUUUUGACAAGAGGAUCUCCCAGGAGGUUGUCGGAGAUGCUUUGGGCGAGGAAUUUAAGGGCUUCGUUUUCAAGAUCAUGGGAGGUUGCGACAAGCAAGGAUUUCCAAUGAAGCAGGGUGUUCUAACUCCUGGUCGUGUUCGUCUCUUGCUUCAUAGAGGUACCCCAUGCUUCCGUGGAUACGGAAGACGUAAUGGAGAGCGCAGAAGGAAGUCUGUUCGCGGAUGCAUUGUUAGUCAAGACCUGUCUGUUCUGAACUUGGUUAUAGUGAAGAAGGGUGAGAAUGAUCUGCCCGGGCUAACUGACACUGAGAAACCAAGGAUGAGAGGUCCAAAGAGAGCAUCCAAGAUUAGAAAGCUCUUUAACCUUUCCAAGGAGGAUGAUGUCCGGAAGUAUGUCAACACUUACAGGAGGACUUUCACAACAAAAUCUGGCAAGAAGGUGAGUAAAGCUCCGAAAAUCCAGAGGCUGGUAACUCCAUUGACACUCCAGAGGAAGCGUGCUAGAAUUGCAGAUAAGGAGAAAAGAAUUGCCAAGGCCAAGGCAGAAGCAGCUGAGUACCAGAAACUGCUUGCCUUGAGAUUGAAGGAGCAGCGGGAGCGCCGUAGUGAGAGUUUAGCAAAGAGGAGGUCCAAGCUCUCUGCUGCUUCUAAGCCAUCAGUUGUGGCUUAGAUUGCUUUUGGAGUUUUGAUGGGCAAUGCGUGUUGUCAGUAGUCAGGUUUUGUAGUGUUAUAUGCAGCUAUCAUUUGGCGUAGUAUUCAAAUUUUGUUCUGUUAUUUUGAAUACUGAGAGUUGGUUUAGAUUUUUGUGAAUGUUUUGAGUUUGACAUUCAAUCUACUUUGUUAUUGCACGGGGUCUUGUGAAUGUGCUCUUUUGACCUGGCAAAUGAGUUUAAUCGCAUUUAAAUGAUUAUACUGCUGA